GUGAUCUUUCAACGAUGACUGCAAAGUUUAUUAUUGCUGCUGCCUUUGUGGUCAUGGCACUCGCCCGCCCCGAGGACACUCCAGGCUAUGAUUACUCUGCCCCUUCCUCACCUGCCAAGUACGACUUCAACUACGCUGUCAAGGACGACUACUCCAGCAACGACUUCGGUCACCAGGAAGAUCGCGAUGGCUACGGUGCCCAGGGUUCCUACUACGUCCUCCUUCCCGACGGUCGUCUGCAGAAGGUCACCUACUCCGUCAACGGCGACUCUGGCUUCGUGGCCGAGGUCAGCUACGAGGGCGAGGCCCAGUACCCUGAGUACAAGCCUUCCUACAAGCCAACCCCUUCUUAUGCCUAAACCAGUCUUUUAUGUAACAUUGCGGUACUAUUUAUUGUAAUUUUAUAAACAUCACUGUGAAUAGAAAUAUAUAUA